AUGGCGGCCACCGAGGCCGUGCCAGAUCGGCCCAGCUUGCCAUGGCGCAUGGCAUCAGCAGCUGUCAUGACCCUGACAGGAGCAAUUUCUCGAGUCUUUUUGUACGCACUCAACGAUAUUCAGACGGAGGGUCAAGCCGAGUUUCUGCGCCUCUUGGACAAGCGUCGUGCUGGCCAUGCCGAUCGUGGUCUGAUUACCGUCUCUAAUCAUAUCAGCGUUCUGGAUGACCCCCUGAUAUGGGGAGUCUUGCCACUCAGGUACAACAUGAUUCCCGAAAACAGCCGUUGGAGCUUGGGAGCUCACGACAUCUGCUUCAAGAAUAGUUUCUUUACGACCUUCUUCACUCUUGGUCAAGUCCUACCAACUUACCGAAUGCUGCAUUCUCCCCACGGAGGGCUAUUUCAGCCGACCAUGACCCAGGCUAUCCGCAUACUCUCCGGACCGGGCUCUGUGUAUACUCGUGGCGCUACCUUCAAGGCUGGUGCCAACGAGAACUUCAAGUCGCCCGCAUUUUACGGCGUUAAUCAUAACGCGUGGAUCCAUGUCUUUCCGGAGGGAUGUGUACAUCAGCAUCCUCAGAAUGCCCUGAGAUACUUCAAAUGGGGAGUGUCGCGGUUGAUCCUCGAGUCCGACCCUGCCCCCCAGCUGGUACCCAUCUUCAUCGAUGGAUUCAAAAACAUCAUGCCAGAGGACAGAGAAUGGCCACGGUUUUUACCGCGCAUCGGUGCUAAGAUCCGAGUCAUUUACGGCAGCGCCGUCGACGUUGAUGAAGUUUUUAGAGAAUCACGCUCAAAAUGGAAGCGUAUGGUACGAAAGCAAGAGGAGGUUUUAGGCAGGUCAUUGAACGCUGGCGAGGUACCUGAAGUACUCAAAGAUCACCCCGAGGCUAUUCGACUACGCAUGGAGGUCGCCAAAACUGUCAGGGCAAUGGUUCAGAACCUGAGGCUCAAGGCGGGCUACUCGGAUGAUGACCAUUCGUACGCGCUCGCAAAAACCUGGGAGAGAGAGCCCAAGACAAAGCAUUUCCAAAGCCCCGUCGAUGACAGUCUGGUCCGUAAGGAAUAG